AAUUGUAGUUGGCUCCACGUUGAAGCUCAAAACUCGUCAGCAUCUUUCCCGGCUGGUUUCACUCCCUGCUGGGGGACAGCAAGGCAGUUUCUUUUCCUCUUUUUUAAAAACAAUAACAACAACCAUGACGUUCAGGAGGCUGAGGAAGGUGAACUCCAGUGCACCGGAUAGUGGACCUUCAUCUCAAGACGACAUUUAUUUCCCUUCGUCAAAGUCAGACAGCUGCAGGACUAUGGACGUACCGACAAACUCCUCGGAGGUUUACAACUACAAAACUCUGGCUUACUCUGGGGGGACGCUGCCCAGGAACUUUAAAAAGGGCGGUGGCCUGCAGAAAUGGAAACCCCAAACGCAGUCACCAGAACCACAAAGGAAGGUGGUGGUCCUGGAGAAGAACGAGGAGGAGACGUUUGGUUUUGAGAUUCAGACCUACGGCCUCCACCACCAGGACCAGAACUCCGUGGAGAUGUGUACGUUUGUGUGCAAGGUUCAUGAAGACAGCCCGGCCCAACAAGCAGGACUUAAAGUUGGGGACACCAUCGCAAGUGUGAACGAGACCACCGUGGAGGGAUUCCGACACAAGGAGAUCGUUCAGCUCAUCAGAGCGUGCGGGAACACAAUCAGGCUGGAUACCGUUUACAGUGACUCAAUCCGAAAGGCCGAGCUGGAGGCACGACUGCAGUAUCUGAAGCAAACUCUUCAUGAGAAGUGGGAUGAAUAUCGCUCGCUGAUGGUGCAGGAGCAGAGGCUCGUUCAUGGUAUAGUAAUGAGUGACGCCGCCAUAUACGAGUCCCUGGAGUCAGCAGGUGUGUACGGCAGCCUCGGAGCUCCCAGCCCCGCGGCCCAGAGGGCGCUCCGAUGCACCGGCAGCACCAGCAGCAGCGCCAGCUUCCUCAGCACAGCCACCGACGACGACCCCCUCUACCAGACCUGCCUGUACCAGGCGGACGGCAGCACGGACUUGGAAAACGCAGACAAGAAGAAAGAGCAGCAGCCGGCGCAGAAGCCGCAGCGCCUCAGGCCGGCCAGCGAAAUGUUCGCCACGGCCAAGACUCAGCUGACCCGCAGCGCCAGCACUCGCAGCUACAUGAGGGGGUCGUCGUCGUCGUCGACGCCCGCGUCGGGGGAGAAGCAGGGGGGGGUCAACUCGCUGCAGAGGAAGCCCAAACCCAAAAGCUUCCGCAGACGCCUCCUCAAAUUCAUCCCAGGCUUGAAUCGCCCACUGGAGGAGGAGGAGAGCAAACUGUGAGCAGCAAACAGACUGAAAAAGACUUAAAGCUCCAGUGACUGUCAAACCAAACUACCAAAGAAAACAGCAAGCACAAAGAGUGAACAAAUCGAGACCAAAGGGUAAAGGCUCUGUAGUUGCACCUCUCCAGGUAGACCAAUGAACAUUUUCAGUGUUUCACAGCUGUACAUAACUUUUCUUUGUUUUGUUCUUUAAAUUAUUUAUUUAUUUUAAGGUGUUUAUCUACAGAACGAAGGAUUUUUUUUCCAGUUUUUACUGCAUGCAGAACUUUUAUUUUGACAGCUGAAUAAACGAUCGAGCUGUAAUUGUGCAAAACAACAUUUUGUAAGUCCGACUGAUUCUGUUUUACUUUUUUUUCCGCCCGAGUUCACAGUUCCUAAAAAUAAAUAUGUGGCAUUUUCUGAU